AUGUCCACCAUUCCGGCCCCCCUAAUAGUCCUCUCCAAGGAAGAGUGGCCUGACGCCGACUUUGACUUCCCCGACGGCGAUUCGAUUCACGCCUCAGAUGCGGAGGACGAUAAGGACGACACCGCCGAGGACUGGGAUGUCGAGAUGGACCUCGGGAAGACUGGAGGCGCAAAAGCACAGCAUGUCCUGGACGGCAUAGCUGCCCGCGCCGAGUCCUCGAGGAAGUCCUCUCAGAUGUUCACUAUCAGGCCACCUCUCCCCACCCCACCGGACGAGGAGGACGAGGAGGGCGUGUCUACCAUCAAGGUCGCCGCCCUGCCCAAGCUAUCCACGCGCCCUCCUCCCCCCGUCAUUGACGAAGAUUUUGAGGACGAUUUUGCUUUGCCGUCCGAACUUACACAACUCUCUUUGAGACCCGUUUCCCAUCGCUCUUCGAAGGCGUCCCUCGAAUGGGGCGACCGAGAUCAGACAUCUUCCUCCCAAUCCUCCGACGCUUACUCCACACUGGGCUUCGCCGACAACGCGUCAUCAUCAAAUUACACGUCUGCGUCGCUGCCGGAGACCGAGACGGAGGACGAGGAUGAAGAUGAGGACGGCGAGCUGGAUGGUCUUGUCAUCCCGACAGGUCUCUUUGAGACCCAGUCAGGAGGCAAGAAGCUUGCCAAAAUCCUCGAGAUCAAGAAGAAGACCGCCUUCACUGACGAGCGUGUCAAGAUCACGAGCCCUGACCCCGAAGACGACUUCGAAAUGGGUCUCGUUAUUGACAACGACGUUGAGUUGAGCCCCAGCCGAUUGCUCACGUCGAAAUCGACCAAGCGGGCUGCUCCAAGCAAUCGCAGCAGGAGUGCGCCUCCCCGUCCGCCGACGGCAAUACGGCCACCAUCGCGGCUUAAGACAGAUCGUGCAAAAUCACCAAACACCCCGCCGAUCUCAUCCGCGUCGCAGCUGCGAAAGAUUGGGACGCCUCCAUCCCCCCAUCACGGCCUAGUCAGCCGCCAAGCGCUUGCUGCUGCGCCCACUUCCCCCGUGUCUUUCCUCACCCCGAAGCCUGGUGGCCUGCGGAUACAGAAGUCACAUUCCGGCCUCAAGCCAACGUCACCAUCAUCGACGCACAAGCUUGGACGCAAGGCGUCCUUACCAUCGCUAUCCGAGUCUUCUCACAAUGCCCAGGCAUCGGGCUCGGGAUCGGGCUCGAGCCCUGUGCAGGCCAGUUACAAUGCGCCAACUGCGUCUUCUCGGGCCAAGAUGCAGGCGAACUCUACGAGUCGGAUCCACGGCCUCGAGUACAACGUGCCUCCGACGCGCCCGUCGACUCCGUCCUCCAACCCAGCUGCUCUGCGCCUCACCAUGCCCACGUCGUCGUCACGUUGGAAGUCACGCACUCCCAUCUCUUCAGUCUUCCCUGCCCCUACGAGUGCAGUCGCUCCCCUCCCGGCUUGGGCACGCGCAAACGAAGAGCCUGCCUCUACCGCACCGAAAGUUAUGAAACGUCCGAAGCGGCAACGGACGUAUGGCGAUGGCGCCGAGCUCGAUGGGUUCGAUGACCUUCCUCUCGACCGGGACAAAGAGGAGCAGUUUCGGGUCGAGCCCAAAGGCUACGGCAAUCGUGUACCAGGCGCAACAUAUGCGAAAGCUGCAUCUUCCGGCGCGCACGACUCUGCAUUGGGCAAGGGCACGUUGCGGAGAAAAGGAAAACGCGAGCUGUCUUCGAGUAGUUAUGAGCUUUCAAAAGGCGCGCCGCCUGCGAAGACGCUGAAGCGUACGGGGCGCAUAGACUUCCCAGGAAAGCCUGAAUCUCCACCAGCCGCUGCGUUGUCGAAGCACUCUGAGGAUCUGGGUGUGAAGAAGAAGAAAACGCAGACCUCUCCUUCCGCAAUGCAGACCCGAAGGAAGCCUACUUUGAUUCGGAACCUAGGCGGCACAGGAGCAACGAAAGGUGAGCGCCCAUGUAAUGCGCUCAGCAUCCUACAGACACUGAUUCGCGAGACAGUCGUCGGAGAGAUGAAGUGGAACCCCAUUACCUUGCGCUGGGAGGGUAACGACCAAGCUCUGCGCGACUUUGACUCAGCAGUCGGUUCUUCGACCCGCCCUGCACUAAUUACACACCUCACUGGCUCCUCCAUGGGUUCGCCGGUAAGCUCGUUUGCAGCAGGUGCACGCGUAGUGGGCACAAUGAUAUUCGACCCCUCGCGCAUGUGCUGGAUAUCGACAUUACCGCCGGACGAGGAAGAACCCGACGUCUUCGCCGACCUUGCGGACGACGAGGACGAAGACGAAUGGGAGGCGAAGGGCGGCACGAUUCGUGCCAGCCAACAAAUAUCCGCAACACCCAGCGAGGCGACACGUACUCAGCCACCCAGCCCGGCACGAAGCCAUUCGCGGACGCGUUCCGGGAGCGAAAGCGACCGCGGUUCGCGUGCAUCGAUGGUGUGCGACGUCGACGCGUCGUUCGCGGACAACUGCCGCGUCGCGCAAGAGCGACAUCGCGCCGAGAUGAAGGGCUGGCUCUCACUAGCACGGACAGACUCCUCUGGCGAGCCCGAUCGGUCGUAUCUGUUCGAGAUUCGUGCGUUGGCAUGCCGUCAGUACUAG